CACUCCAAACUCAAGAGUCCCAGGGCUCAGCCAUGCCGACCGAAACCGUCCUUUUCAAGACCACUUGUUCUCAGACCCAGACCCUCCGCCAAUUCCCCUUCUCCAGAACCAGUUUCUUGCCAUUAUUGUCUCACCAGAGGAGUACGGUUCGUUUCCUCUCUCGCUCCUUUCUGUGCCGGGAAACUUCUUUCCAUGGGAAGCCCUCCACCGUUUCGGCUGUUUCGGAAACCAGAGAGAGGAGUACGGUUGCCGAGCCAACUGUUCCUUCCCCUGUAAGAAUUGUCGCCGUCGUCGGGGAAGGAAGCCUCAGCCCUCUAAAAUGCGCGCCCUGGGAAGAGGUUAUGCUUCACACUGCAGAUAGACUGAAAUGGGUAGACGAAGGAUUUGAAAUGCUUGUAUUUAAUGAUGACAUACAGCAAUGUAAUGAUUCAAGAGUGGAAUUUCUACAAAGGGAAUUAUCCCAUGCAGAUAUUUUGGUGAUUGUUGCUGUUACAAAUGAAGAAUCAAUCAAGUGGCUUCAAACAAACAGCAAAAGCAUAUCAAAUAUCAUCUGCUUCAACUCCUCCCCAAGUCUAACGAACAAAUUAGGAGGUUCAUUCAUUCAUGCUGAAACCAAAGGAAACAUAUUUAGCAAACUAGCUGGAUUUGUGCAAGGAAAAAACUCAGAUAAAUCAGUUGAGGUAGUCCAAACAGUAUCUGAGGCAUGGGAUCGCCAUAGUUCAGAUGAUAUAAGGUUCUGUAUAUUAGUAAUAAUCAAUACUUACAUUAGACCAGUUCCAAUCCUGCAGAACCUCAGAUCAAAGGGCCUUUCGACGCUUAACUGCAUGGUGCAGAACUGUGGACCACAGAUACUAAACUGCCUCUUGGAUCCUAACUGUAGGAAUGCUCUGCAAUGCUUAAACCGAUGUAGUCCAGUGGAUCAAGUCUGUAACUACCGUUGUAUUGCGUCGUAUGAGAGUCCGCAACUAGAAGCAUUUUCUCUGUGUGUGCUACAGAAGAACAACUGUCUUGAAUUGGAUGCUAAGAUCCCCGACAAACCUUACGUUCCCCCCAUGGUUCAGUUUCGAGGAGAAUCCUUGUGUCAUGAAGCAGCUGAAGAUCUCUUUGUUGGUUGGUUGGGUAACUUGGAUUGGAGUUGGCGAGUUGUAGCAGGCCAGAACCCAGCCUAUGAUCAGUUUCCAUGCCAGUAUCAGCUAUUCUAUAGAGGGAAGGCAAAGGGAUCAUUCUGGUAUGAGCCAGUUUUUCAAGUUCAAACUCUAGAAGGUAAGAUGGUUUGGAGAAGACGCCGAUAUCGGGUUAAGAGAGGCAAAGUUCCAGGUACAUUUUACUUCAGUGUCCUGGAUAAUGGUGUGGUUUCAAAUGAAUACUGGACAAUUGUUGAUGUCUCUGAUGAUUUUAGCUGGGGUUUGUUUCACUAUAGUGGGGCUGCUCGAGUUGCCGGACAAUCUUAUACUGGGGCAGUGCUUGUUAGCCCUGAUGGUAAUUACCCAAGUGAGAAGGAAAGCCAGAAGUUGGUUUCUGCAUUGGAAAAAUGUGGAAUCAAAGAUUGGGAACUUUACGCGGUUGAUAAUUGUUCAUGUCAGGGCCCACCUUUGGGAGUUCCUGAGGGUUCAAGUUUGCAUAAAAAGAUUGAAGUUGAAGAUCUCAAGUGGUUGACUGUGUAAAGAUAGAAAAACUGCAUUCUCUCUCUCAACUGUUUGAAACCAAAGUCUUCAAUAAUAGGGCACAGCAAUGUAUGUAUAAAUAGAUAAGCCAACUAUUGUGAAAGAAUUGCACUAAGAAUAGAAUUUGACAAAAGUUGGUAGCUGGAAAAUGUAGCA